AUGGCGUCGACCGCCGCCGCCCAAGCCUGCACAGCCACCGGCACGAACGUCACCGUGAGUGGUUUCGUCAUGGACAACUUCUGCAUCCAGCGGGGCAACCUUGUCGACAACCCAUCCGUCAUUACGCUCAAGGGCCCCGACGUGCACUCAAUCCACUGCCUCAUCGACCUCACGCCGUGCGUCGAGUCCAAGUAUGCGUUGCUGGCGCCGCCCGCGAACGGGUCCGACUUGUACUCGGUCAAGUACCAACUGGGCGACGCCGGCUCGGCGCUGACGAGGGCUGCGGCGGAGGGUGCUCGUUCUUUGGGUGGCAAGACUGGGUUCGGCGUGACUGUGACUGGAAUCGACGACGGCACACCCGAGCUCAAGUGCGUCGACAUCUCCAAGACUGUGAUUGCCGAUGGCAAGACGCUGACGUUGGCGGCGAUUCCCGCCAGCACCGGUGUCUCGUCGCUGGCGUUGCCUAGUGUGGUCGCUGCUGUUGGCGCUGUCAUCGUGGCAUUCGCGUUCUAA